AGAGGCCUCGCGGGGAGGGCGGGGAGGAGCCAAGGGGACUAGAGGGCUCCGCCGAAGCUGUGUGGGGCUGGCGGCUGGCGGGAGAGACGGCUGUGCUGGACCGGGUCGAGAGGCAUCCCGGUUCCCAGAACAGCCCUAGUAGGCGGCCUCGAGGGCGGACAGGCGGACAGCAGGGAGGGCCAACAUGCCCCCACUGCUGCACCCCGCCCUGCCGCUGCUCUUGGGCGCCACGCUGACCUUCCGGGCUCUACGGCGCGCGCUCUGUCGCCUGCCCCUACCCGUGCACGUGCGCGCCGACCCCCUGCGCACCUGGCGCUGGCACAACUUGCUCGUCUCCUUCGCUCACUCCAUUGUGUCGGGGAUCUGGGCGCUGCUGUGUGUAUGGCAGACCCCCGACAUGUUGGUGGAGAUUGAGACAGCAUGGUCACUUUCUGGCUAUUUGCUCGUUUGCUUCUCUGCAGGGUAUUUCAUCCACGACACGGUGGACAUCGUGGCUAGCGGUCAGGCGCGAGCCUCUUGGGAAUACCUUGUCCAUCACAUCAUGGCCAUGGGUGCCUUCUUCUCUGGUAUCUUUUGGAGCAGUUUUGUCGGUGGGGGUGUCUUAACGCUACUGGUGGAAGUCAGCAACAUCUUCCUCACCAUCCGCAUGAUGAUGAAAAUCAGUAAUGCCCAGGAUCAUCUCCUCUACCGGGUUAACAAGUAUGUGAACCUGGUCAUGUACUUUCUCUUCCGCCUGGCCCCUCAGGCCUACCUCACCCAUUUCUUCUUGCGUUAUGUGGGCCAGAGGACCCUGGGCACCUUCCUGCUAGCUGUCCUGCUCAUGUUGGACAUGAUGAUCCUGAUCUACUUUUCCCGCCUCCUCCGCUCCGACUUCUGCCCUGAGCGUGUCCCCAGGCAGCAACACAAAGACAAGUUCUUGACUGAGUAAGAGGCACAGAGAUUGGGACAGCAAACACGGGAUUAAGAACAGAAACAGCCUCACAUGGAAACUGGGACUUAGCCCCAAGCCCGGGCGUCCUCUGGGGCAAGCCUCUCUACCUUCGGAGCCUGCGCCCACACUAUUGAAAACACUAAUGAAAGCACUCCUCUGAA